AUGGUGGAGAGUAGAAAGUGGAGAGUAGAAAGAAACAUCCUACAAGGUUUCAAAAUAAGAAAUUCUCAUCUAGUUUAUCUGUACAGAGACAGAGAAGAAAAGAAACAUUUGCUGCAGCUCAAAAAAUUUAUGGUGGAAGUGAAGAAACAGAAGUACCGGGAGCAAUAGGGAUUGUGGACACAGCAUUGGUUAAGUGUAGUCAGAGUAUUUUAGUAGAUGUAAUGUCGGUUAAUCAAAAGUUUAAUCAAUCAGUUAUGCCUAGUUUUUACAAGCCUAAGUUAGGAGAAUUUGAGUCUUCCACUGAAAACAUGAUUCGCAGCGUUUCAGUAUAUUAUAGCGGUGGUGUAGCCGGAAAAAAAAGUAUAGGAAAAUAUACAAAGAUUCCAGCUACAAGAUUGCUAUGCAAAGUAAGGGUAAAAAACGUGUUCGGCUAUCCGUCAAUAAUUGUCCCAUCCCUAGGCUUGUGCCAUAUAACAAAUUAAUGCCUAAAGUCUAUACCAGUAGGAAGCUGUAGGAUCUAUGUAUAGUGUAUAUGAAACACUUUGUGAAGGUCUUGAUGAGGAAUACAAAGUACAUGGUUGUUAUAGGAAUUUGGCAGAAUUGUUGAUAAAGUUGGCAGAAUUUUAUUUAAGCGGUUGUAGUGGUCACACACUUGUGUGGUUUGAGGAAGAAUACAAGUUUUAUGUUUCCCUGGGUGGUGAUGGGGCGCCUUUUGGGAAACAUGAUACUGCAUGUGCGUGGUUGGUUGGAUUUUUGAACAUUGGCCGAGGAAUUUUGAGUAGCAAUGAAAAAAUUUUGUUAUUCGGUGCUAAUUGUUCAGAAAAUUGCAUUCCAGUUCAACGUUAUAUUAAGAUGCUAGUGUCUGAUGUACAACACCUUGAACAGCAAACUUUUAAAUGCACAUACAUUACAUCAGAAAGCCAGACAUGUACAGUUGAUAUCAAAUUUCAUAUCUCGGAAUUCCCUAACGAUUUGAAGAUGGUUGCAUUUUUGUGCGGUGAGUUGACUAAUAGUGCCACAUAUUUUUGCUCAUUUGCCAAUGUUUCUAGCAAAGAUGCCACUAAUUUAAACGGCCAGUUUGGCAAGGAAAAAGACAAAAAAUGGCAUCGGUGGAAUUAUUCGCAAAGGGUACAAGUAGCCAAAAGUGUUGAAGCGUUCAAGCAAACUGUCGCAAAGCAAAAUAUAGCAGAAAUUACUAAGCGAUCCAAAGUAACUAAUUUCAUAGCCGGCAAAAGAAGUAGGCAAGAAUUUAAACCACUCCUAGGCCCAAUGGUUGAUAGGAUCCAUAUUGAUCCUUUGCACCUAAAAAAUAAUGCAUGUGCACUAGCCCACAGGCUACUUCUACAAGAGGUAUUACUGAUUUCUCAAUUUUUUGCAGGUUCCCAGCACUUCGCCAUUUCACAAAUAUAUUGAUGCAAUGAGAACUAAGUGCAAUCUUAGAAGACUUGCAAACAAAAUUAUUAGGUGGUUCAAUGAAAACCGAGAUAGCAAGUUUGAUUAUAGAUUCACCGGAAAAGAUUCUCGGUGCUUUUUGCAGAACUUCAUGUUUCUAAUUGCUGCUAUGGAACCAUUUUUGAAAGAUAAAACUAAGGCAUUGUUUACAUUUCAUGUACUUGCUUACUUGUGUUUAACCCUGCGGGAUUGUGUUUCUGUGUUCAGUCGAAUCGAUGUAAUCGAUUCACAGUUAGAUGAUUUGGAGAAAAACUGUCGAACAUAUCUUGUCCUACAUUAUCUGUAUUUUGACCACCACCCUACUGCAUGGACAUUGGGAAACAUUGUUCCUGAGCAUGCUAGAGAUAUGAAAGUGAAGUAUGGUAAAGGACUUGGUCUUAAUUCGAUGGAGGAGAGGGAGUCAAAACAUAUAUCCAUCUCAAGAUACAGCAAAAACACCAAUUUUAAGGCCAG